GUUAUGUUAAGUGGGUAUGCACUGCUCUUGACAUUCCUUAUCAUAGGUCAAUACAUGCGCAUGCACAUGUUGUAACUCUCAACAGCUUAUCUUGCUGUUUUGUCACAACUGUUUCAGUUUCAUAUGCGUGAAUCACUGCAUUAUUAUCUUGACCGACUGAGAACCUGGGAAUGAAACUAUAAAGGGCAGAUUUUCGCCCACAAUAAUUGAAAGGAUGGCAAAGCACAGCAUAUCAUUUACAGUAGCCUUACAUCAAAAAUGUAACAAAGUCACCAUUGAGGAGGAUGAAAUUGAAAAACCUUCUCCUACAUUCUGUACAAGUCUUCAUGCUGCAAUAUUGGAUGGUAGCAUUGAUGCAUGUCGACGAGAGGUACAUAAUGACAAGUCUAUCAUCAAUACCUGUAAUUCUAGAGGUGACUCGCCUCUUCAUCUAGCCGUCCGAUGGAUUACACAGAUGGGUGUGAAGUUGGCGGAAACUUUGAUGUCGGCUGGAGCAAACAUUAACGUUCGGAACAAGUGGGGUCAAACACCGCUUCACUAUGCCGUGUUCGUGGAAUCCAUUCACAAUGUUAGUUGUCUUCUUGCACAUCCGGGUAUUGAUGUUAAUGUAACAGAUGUCAAUGGUUAUACGCCAUUGCAUUGCUGUUUUCGGUUUCAAAAAGACUCAGAGAAACAUUUUCAUCAAAGCACGGUUUUUCUAGAUAUUGCCGAAAAGCUGAUAGAUGCAGGUGCUGACACAAAUGCACAAACCGAAAUAGGAGACACUAUUCUGCACCUUAUUGCGAGGAGGUCUGAUAAUACGCCGCUUUUACAGUUUUUCUUGAAAAAAUACUCAUCAUUUAUUUUGUUCAAUAAAAACAAAAAAGGCGAGAAUUUUUUGCAUGUAUAUGCAACUGCUGAAAUUUUCGAAAAUGUCAUGGAAACUAUUGAAUUCGUAGCAAAGAAUAAUUCUCACAAUGUCGUUAAAACAUUGCUUCGUGAGAGAAAUAUCAAUGGAAGAUCACCUUGGGAGCAUAUGGUCGAUAGUGGGAAUGUUGAUGAUAAAUCGGUAACUCGUCUCAUUGAAUUUGGGGUUGAUGUCUCUGUUUCAGAUAAUCUGAAAAAUACUGCUUUACACAGGCUAGCAGGAGUUUCCUCUGCAAUAGCAUUUAACGAUGUCCUAAAUGUUCUAGUCAAAGAAAAUGUUAACAUCAAUUUCAGAAAUAUAUUUGGCGAGUCAGCUGUCUUUUUGCUUUUCUUGGAGAGUGUUUUUGAAGUAUUGGUGAAAUCAAAUGCGGACUUCAAUGCAAAAGAUCGCUGGAACAGGUCACCUCUUAUCUCCAUCAUGAAGCAUAGACCCUUACCUGAAUUGCUGAGGAGGCUUAUCGUUGAAGGAAAUGCAGAUGUAAAUGCGGUGGAUGAAACUGGAUCCACUCCACUUCAUUUUGCUGCUUGUCACAAUUAUGAAGAGCAAGUAGAACUUCUGCUGUGUCAUGGUGCUAAUAUCUUUGCUGUAGAUCAUUUAAACGACAGACCUAUUCACACAGCUCAAAGGCAUUGCAGCUUCCAAUGCCACAGAUUACUUGCCCUUAACGAAAGUCAAGAAAUUCUUUAUUCGCGUUCCAACUGCUUUGAUUUGGAAAAUAUUCAUCGACGCAUUCCAGAGUGCAUUCCGAUUUCGGAAAUAAGAACUAAAGAAAGCAUACAGCGUUUAACGGGUCUUCCAGAAAAUCGUUCUGAAUAUUUGAAUUUUUUAAUGGAUGCUUAUGGUAAGAGACAACCUGAGCAUGAAAAAGAAGUUUUUCAGAUUACGGAAGAAGUAUCAAGACUUGUGCACAAUCUGUGCAGAUUUGUGGCGUCAUACGAUAAGCGAUUCCAGAUGACGGUGUUCCGAACGGGGUCUUCAGAAGAGGGAACUAAGGUUGGACCCCCGGAUGAGUUCGAUUUUGCCCUCUGUAUCGGGGAACUGAGGAAAAUAACACGUGUAGUGAUGACCAAAGAAUGUGUUAAGGAGGGAUAUGCAUGCCUGAAGUUCAAGCAAAAUCCUGUACCGAACGAGUAUUUACAAUUUUCAGAUUGCGAAGGAUAUUUCCUUUCUAUUCCAUUUCUUAAACAGUAUCAUACAUAUCUGAAUAAAGCUUUAAACGAAGUAUCAUUGUGGACUGAAGGAAACAUGUAUUGCAAGUUUGAAGACAAAAUGCAUGUAAUUCAUGGAAAACCAGUGUUCAACUUUGAAGUGUACUGGAUUGGUUCUGUAUAUAAGCAACUCAAAAUCAGCAUUGACUUGGUUCCUGUUGUAUAUACCCUUGGCUGGUGGCCAAAAAAUAUUUAUCCACCCGAAGUUCCAGAAAUGGAUGAAAUGGUUCGACAGGCGGGUUGCUUUCUUAUUCUUCAAUCGAGAGUAAAUGAUUUUGAUACAAACAGUAUCAUAACUGAUGAUGACAUCUUUGAGACAUGUAACAACGAUCGUAAUAAGAAAACUAAAAGGAUGUUGAGAGUAUCAGCAGCCCCUGCAGAAAUAGCAUUGAUGAAAGUUUUACCCGAUCCAUUUCGGUCCGCUUACAUCAUUGCUAAACUAAUGAAAAAUAAAGACGUUUGUCCACAAAUUGAUAUUGACAAGCUUCCAACAAAGAUGUUAUCCCUCUCAGAAAAAUUUUCGAGGGAAUUACCAAUAAACCCUUCACGUGCAAUAAAAAGCUAUAUGCUGAAAAACUGCACCUUUUACCUUUGGCUUGAAAUGCAGGCAUCCUUAAAAGAGGGGGAAGUAAACAGCAUGGAAAUUGCUGCUCGCAUAUAUGAGAGCCUUUUGAAGUUUACAAACGACCGCUUUUUGAGUCCGUUUUUUCUUCCGUACUCUGAUGUAUUUGAAUUUGAAAAAGAUGACCAAAUGUCACCCUAUAAGGAAUUCUUGCUGCGAUUAAAAAGAGAGUUCAGCAUUAAGACAAUCCUGGGAAUGUUAAACCACGAUUUUCCCGAACAUUGUUUGUCUUCUCCUGCAUGAAACUUAUAACGUGAGGUGAUCAUACAGCUCGAAAGGCGCAUGGAUGAAGGAAAAGUUGAAUGAUUUAAGGGAUGUUGACACUUUGUUUAAAAUUUCCAGCAAUAAAAGAUGCGGAUCCAGUUUAGAAGAAGCGUAUAAUGUUCGCACUACCCAACGUAAAAUGAAAUGUACCCUCUGCCAACUCUGAGUUUCAUUUUUGUGCCAUAUAGUCAGGAUGCUUCAAGUUUCAAGUUUUGAAAAAGUACAUUUUUAUGAUAUAGUUUCAGCCAAAUGAAUUUAAUUUACUAAUUUUGAAACAUGAGUGACAAAACUACAUAGUUCCUUAUAUCAUAUGGGAUUCAUAAGAUAAGUCACUGUUUUUCCUGAAAAAGGUCAAUAACUCUUCGUGUAUCUUUCAAUUUUGUCUUCAGAUGUUUAUACAUGUUGUCAUAGAAAUGAGUUUUUAUUGUUGAUUAUGAAUCAGUUUCUUAUCAUUUUUAGAGUUAACUACACUAAUCAUUUCUGGCUGAUUUAGUUUCGUGUGUUCUCUUCAUUCCCAUAUUUCAUCGAUAUAUUUCCUUAGUAUUCGGCUCCCAUUUCGUCAUAUGUGCAAAAAUAAAGCUUCUCUAUAAAGAUAGUCUGAGGGAUAACAUGUAAUUGUGAUGAAGUUCUGUGGACCAUUGUUAUUUUAAAUGGACUCAAAUAAUACAUACACGAAGGAUGUAAUGUGCAUUGAAUGAACUAAUAUAAAAUGUGACUGCUAUGCUUAAAAUUAAAUUACGAUAUUUUGUUUACAUAUACAUGUGUUAUUUUGAGGAAUUCUGAAAAGACUAUUUUAACAAUUUACAGGCAAGAAAGUCCGUUUAGAAAACAACUGUAGUCCAAAGUAUUUUAAAUGCCUACACCUUUCUAAUGUUUUAUAAUCAUCAUUUUAUUAAAUUUGGAAAGCACAUGCUAAGGUAUGACAGGUAUUAUCAUUGAGAAGUACUGUUCUGUGUUCCCUUUUUGUUUUCUGUGAAAUAUAUAUCAUUUUAUCUCAUACGUGUGGUGUAUAUUGAAAGUGAGAUAAAGCAUUAGCUUUAUCACACGCCCGUUUGAUAAAGCACUUCCGGUCCGAACUACUUUUGACACUGUCCCCGCUUGUAUGGCAUAUUUUCUGUGUUUAUUUAUAUUGGUGCAUGAAAUAAAGCGUAAAACUUGU